AUGCCACGACCAGGACGAGACUCAUAUGGCGACCAAAAGCCGCCAUAUUCUUACAUAGCCCUUACGGCAAUGGCAAUUCAAUCUUCACCGAACAAGAUGAUGAGCUUAUCUGAGAUCUACCGCUAUAUUAUGGACCGUUUUCCUUUCUAUCGAAACAACACUCAACGGUGGCAGAAUUCGUUACGACACAAUCUCUCAUUCAAUGAUUGCUUCGUCAAAGUUCCUAGACGGGGCGACCAACCCGGCAAAGGUAGUUUAUGGAGUCUCCAUCCGACUUGUGGAGAAAUGUUUGAGAACGGAAGCUUUCUGCGAAGACGAAAAAGAUUUAAAACAAAUUCGCCGCAACGACGGUCUGUGAUUCAAAAUGGCGUCAGUCAUCAUGCGCUGUCGCGGUACCAACACAUCGCGAACGUUCGAAGCGGAGAAGUUGGUUUGAACUCCAUCGAAGACAACCCGUCUUAUAAUAUGAUCAACCGCCAUAACUUAUACCAGGCACAACAACAACUGCUUAACCGGCCCCGUUUCGGUACUCCCAACCCCUGGGUUCCCAAUGAAACCCGUUUACCAGGAAUGCAAAGCUCAGAGGCCGCAGCCGCCGCAGUGGCGUAUUUCAGAUCAGCGAUGACGGGAUUCCAAAGCGUAGUGAACAAAAUGUCGGUCGGAGACUUACAGCAAGCGGCUCUUGCCAGUCGUAUGAAAUAUCCAGUAUUCAACACUCUACAAGGUGUAUUUCCCAAUGCAAACGCACCUAACCUAAAUAUUAAUAUGGAAUCCAAACAAGAGUUAUCAUCAGAUGGCUUAAAAUCUGAAAACUCGCCAUGCUCGUCUCGACCGCCUUCUAGCGACGAAGAAAACUCCACAUUUCCAAUCCCUAGUCCAACUUCGCCAAAACCAAACUCAAAAAUUAACUUUUCGAUCGAGAACAUUAUCAGCGGUCGAUUCUCGCCGAAAGAACCGAAACAAGACGAGCAAUCAGUCUCACCGGUCGCGCCAAGCAAGAAACGAUGCCAAAACCAUGACUUCGAAUCAAACGCGAAAAGAAUUCGCAGAGACACAGACCGAGCUUCGACACCAUGCAUGCUGGAAGCCUACCCAAAAGUAGCGCUUCCAAAAUCGCCGCAAAACAUUAUCCAACCUGAUGAUACCCCGCGUACAUCGACCCCAAAGCCAGCAGUAUAUUCCGACAUAAAACCUCAGUUGGUAACUUUUCCUUUCCGUACGAACUUCAAUUCCACAACGGAAGCUCCACGGUUUCGCGAUUCCUUGGCGGAAUAUUCGGCGUUGUACAAAAGCACAAAAGUUGUCGAAUACAACCACCCCAAAACCUCCCAGUCUAAAUACGCUCCUCCAAUACAAGAAAACGACGAUGUUACAUUUUCAGCUUUCGCGAAGCUAAAACGAUUCACGGAGCUUCAAGUCCAAUAA